CUCACCUUUGAGUGGGACAGUCAACACAUUUGCUCUAACGUUCUUUCUAUGAAGCAGUGCAGUGACAGCUGAAGUUGCUUUCAAGAAGUCAUCUCAAAAGUGGUCUGAUAGUAUCCAAUACCUUAACUUUUCUUAGCACAGGAGACAAAUCACCUUGAAUUUCUUAAUUUUCCAAGUUGGUGGCAAUGGCAACUUAUUUUGGAGUUACCUCAGCAGUGUUUUUCAUCUGGGUUAUGACAUUCAUGGCUCAAAAUUACUUUAUAACAGGUUCCAUUCUUUCACCUUGUAGGAUCACAGGUGUAGGAAUUUAUCUUGAGGAGAAAGUGAAUUUCUCGGAAGCAAGUAAUGCAUGUAAUCAACUGAAUCUACAAUUGGCAAGUAAAGACCAAGUUGAAAAGGCUUUGAAACAUGGCUUUGAAACAUGCAGCUAUGGAUGGGUGAAAGAUGGAUUGGUUGUCAUUCCUCGGAUAACAUCCAACAAGAAAUGUGGUAAGGGCAACGUUGGACUAGUGCCAUGGUAUGCUGAACCCUUUAAAACAUUUAAGGUUUACUGCUUCAAUUCCUCAGAUGUUCAGAUUAAUUCAUGUAAACCAGAUCCAACUACAACCAUGCUACCUGCAUCAAGUGCACCAACAGACUUAACCGCAUAUUCGGGCUCUGAUUUGACUGAGAACAUCACAGCAGUGCCCAAUGUGACAGAGUUGGAACAAUCCCUGAAAAAUAUAAAAUUUCGCGUAAUAUGUAUAACUGAAACUAUAUUACCAACAGAGGGCACUACUACAAAAAUGCCAGAGGAAUACUCACCGAUUGACUCUCCUAACUACACUUCCCAUGCUGCCUUUAAGAAUGAUGCCAUUGUCUUUGGAGGUAUCCCCACUGCACUUCUUAUACUGGCAGUCAUCUUCUUCAUUAUUUCAGUUGUUCUAGCAGUCUGCUAUAUCAAAAAGUACAAGAAAACCUUCCCAUUUUCAAACAAGAAUCCGCAAAAAGAAAUGGUUGAAACUACUGCUCUGAAAGAGGCUAAGUCAAAUGACAAAACACCUGAGAAGGAAACAAAGAAUAAUGGAAAAAAGGUGGAAGAGUCUAAAACCAAGCCUGAGGCCACAGUAAAAUGUCUAGAAGCAGAAGUUUAAGGGGAAGAAUGUACACUUCUUGAUAGAAAUAUAAAAUGAAGCACACAGAACUUAGCAAUGCUUUUAAACAUGGGUGAUUGUAAAUACUCAUGACUGAAUAUUUUCUCUAUCUUAACAUAUGAAAACUUGUUUUUUUUAAUAAUUACAUCUUUAGCUAUAAACGCUCUUGCAGAAGAACAUGGUAUCUUAUUUACCUGAAAUAAAUAAAACAUCCGUAUUACAGUUCAUUUUUCAUCUUGAAUAAAGAAGUAAUUAGGAAUACACUAUUAAUGACAUGCAGUGUGUUAACUAUUUGCACGGAAUUCAGAUCAAUAUAUAAUGACAAGGGGUUUUUUAUCUGGCUGGAGGAUGUCUUCUAACUUAAUGUCUAAACUAAAAUGAUGAUACUGUAGCUCUUCCUCAUGUAGAUUAGCUUAUUUCCAUUAAGUAGUUGCAUACUGUUUUUAAAAGUCUGUUUACAAACAGAAGAAAUAAGUCUGUUUACAAGUGAGUAAAAAACUAAAAGAUCAACCCACUGUCAUUCAAAUACCCAAGGAAGGGUACAAGGAUGCUGAUGUUUAUAUGU